CUUUAAUGUAAAACAGCUACCUUGCUUAAUUGGAUUGUAAACUAUAUUUCUAACUAAAUUUAUAGAAAUUUAAGAAUAAGCUAUACAAAUGGCCUUUCAAUAACCAUAAGAAGGUUAAUGGACUAAGGAACAUGAUAAAAAUGAUUGCAUCAUUUAUUCUAAAUUAAACCAAGUUGGUAUAAAAAUGACCAGAACUGAGCUCAAAUUAAAUGUUGAUCCAAAGAAGGCUCUAGAUGUUAUUUUUGAUAUGACAAGAAGAGCUGAAUUUGAUGAGAAUUUCUUAGAAGUAAUUUUAUCAUUUAUUUUAGGGCAAAAUUGUAGAAAAAAUAGAUGAAAAUAAUGUUAUUUAUUAUGGUGCUGGCAAAUCUCCUAUAAUUUUAGUCGAUCCAAGAGAUAUGGUUGCUCUUACAAGAAGAACUAUCCUUAAAGAUGGAACUCAUAUAGUUGUUUGUAAAAUCAUUGUAUAUAUUAUAGCUAAAUCUGUUGAAUUAGAUUCUGUUCCUAAUAAGAAAAAUUAUACUCGUUGUGAAAUCAUUAUUUCUGCAUUUUUGAUUAAAGAAAUUUCACCAGGAACAUGUUAAGUUAUUAUUAUUGCAAAUGUUGACCCUAAAGGAAGCAUUCCUAAAAUGUUAAUCAAUUCUGGAGUAUCUAUGUAAGCCGAUGCCGUCAAAAAAUUAAUGGAAAAAAUGAGAUAAUAAACUUUAAAAGUUUGAAAAAUAUAUUUACAUUUAUCAAAAG